AGUGUUGAGAUUGGCCUUGAAGGGUUGGCUGAGAACAGGGUGCAGCUACAGAGAAAGCGCUGAAAAGCACCUUUUUACACUUGGCUGCAGCCCACGGAAGCAGUUUGGAGACGUCCGCGCCCUCUUUUCAUUCUUUCGCUUUCUCCUUCACCUCGGUACUUUCCAGCUGAAAGUGUGCGACGAUCUCUUCAGGAACCAUGGCCCAUAAAUCAGAUAUUGCUCUUCAUGAAUCCUCACUCAACAUUGUAAAACAAAGUAGAUCUGCUCUGAGUCAUAUCCUUGAUAGCAAAUUCGGAUGUGUGGCCACCUUCGAAGGUGUGGAUUUUGAGAGUGAUGUGAGCUUUGGACAGCAGAAGAGGCAGACUGUUGCCCCAGAGAAGAGGAUUUCUGUCAAGCUGCGUGCAGGUGUUGAAGUAUCCGUGUUGAAGGCUGAUCUCACCACUUUAAAAGUGGAUGCUGUUGUGAAUGCAGCCAACUCAAGUCUUCAGCAUGGUGGUGGACUUGCAUAUGCUCUGUGUGAAGCUGGUGGUCCUCAAAUCCAAAUGGAGAGUGACAAUUACACAUACAAACAUGGUCCCAUACCAACAGGAGAAGCAAUUGUUACUAAUGCUGGGUUGCUGCCUUGCAAGAAGAUAAUUCAUGCUGUUGGUCCAUGUCUGCCGAUUAAGCCCACUUAUUUUGAAUUUUCACAAGCCAAACGACAGUUGGAGCAGGCUAUCAAGAGCAUUCUUGACAGAGUUGACAAAGAUCAACUGGACACUGUUGCCAUUCCAGCUAUAAGCUCUGGGUUGUUCAACUACCCCCUGUCAGAAUGUGCUGAAACUAUAGUGUCAACUGUGAGAGACUACUAUGAAUUCUCCUCUUCCCGCUGGCAUCUUCCUCGAAAGAUACUCUUUGUGAACCACGAUGAGCCAACGGUCACAGAAAUGAUGAACGCCUGCCAUAAGAUUCUAGCCCCUCACCAGCACUACCAGGUAGUACCCCAAGGGCAGGCACCAGGAACCCACACCAGAGGUGCUACCAAAACAUCAGACAUUUCCAUCCAGAUUAGGAAUGUCCUUUUGGCACUGAAGAGUGAUAACAUUGAAGAACAGAAGACGGAUGUCAUUGUAAACACAACAUCACUGGAACGAGACCUGAAAGUCGGUCAGGUCUCUAAAGCUUUGUUGAAGAAAGCUGGUCAGAAAAUGCAAGAUGAAAUACAAAUUGCUCCUCGGACUAAACAUAUCAUCAUCACAAAAGCCUACAACUUGGGGUGUAGAGAGGUGUAUCAUACCUUUUGCAUUAAUAAUGGACAAGAAGCAGCACACAAGUUUCUUUUCAAUUCAGUAUUGAAAUGCUUACAGACAGCAGCUGCAAGUCAACACAAGUCUGUCGCCUUUCCUGCUAUUGGCACAGGAAACCUUGGGUUCACUAAAAAAGAAGCUGCAUGCAUUAUGUCCGAGGCAGUGGUUGAGUUUGCCAAAAACUUUGGGGGGAAGAUGGACAUUUAUUUUGUUAUAUUUCCUUCUGACUAUGGCACAUUUCAGGCCUUCAAGGAAAAAAUUAAGUCUCUCCAGCAUAACACACCCCAUACCAGCAUUACACAAGAUGAAGUGAAACACUUCAGCUCCCAUAGGCAAGCAUAUGAUAAAAAAGAAGACUUCAGAUUCAACAAAGCUCCAAUUCCACAGAUCAGUUUGAGAAGCUAUUCUAAAGAAUCACUAUGUGAGGCUGAAAAAUGGCUCAGUCACUUUCUCUUCAGGCCCCCUCGCCCCAUGGUUAUCUACAACAACUUCAUCCAGCACCUCGGUGAAAGAGAAUACCUGCAGCUCUCUCGUUUAACCAGAAAGGGUGUUAAGUUUGAAGAGUUUUUGGCCAAGGGUCACGCCUGCCUAACAGUAGAUGGGGAUUCGGCUGAGGAUGUUGUAGGUGCUGCGUUGCAGGUGGAGGCCAUGCUCUGCACUCUCCAGGAGGAAUUUGUCAGAGAGGAGGAGGAUGAAAUGUGCAAGUUGUUAGCUGAAGUGCCUCGUGAAAGAGAAAGAAAGACAAAAACAGUGGACAACUCAAGCUGGGAGUUCAAAGAGAGAAUAUCUGCUUUUAGAAAUCUUGGUCUGUGGAUAUUAAAGGUGGAUAAAGUGGAAAACUCAACAUUGAAGAAGCUGUUUGACCUCAAGAAAAACCAGCUGGGGUGCUCCUCUGAGAAAAUGUUUCAGCGCAUACCUGCACAGUUCUGUGAGAUGGUUAGCCAGAUUGGUUUCCAUGCAGAGUGUGCACCACCUGAAGACCCAAAAUAUGGAGAAGGCAUCUACUUUGCUGGGACAGUGAAGGAGGCCAUGGAAGUUUGGAAGGAGGAAAAGGAUAAGUAUUUGUACUUUGUGGAGGCUGACGUGCUGAGAGGGGCACCCACCAAGGGUCAGCGAGGUCUCAUUCUGCCACCUGCUAAAGGGACAGAUCCACAAGUUAGGUAUGACAGUGUGAAUGGAGGGUCUGACAUCUCUGUCAUAUUUAGCAGUUAUCAAGCCAUGCCCAAGUACAUCAUCACCUGUGAGAAAAGACAAGCUCAAGGAUAUUCAGUAUGAGCAUAUUUACCAUUAGAAAAAAAGAAAUGUUUGUAUCAGUUAUAGACUCAAUAUAAUGGAUAUUAGUAGCAAAAUUUGAAGGAAUGGCUGGGCUUGUUUUUCUCAUAAUAUAUUGCUGAGUAAUGGCAGCAGCAAGUUAUCAAAAUGUAUUUUAUCAUAGCAGUACUGCAAGGAGUAGAACCAAUCAUAUGUUUAUAAAUCAAGAUUGAGCUUAAUAAUGUGCGUUUUAUAUCAACAACAUUGUAGUUUUUACAUUGAAAGGGUUCAUUUGUUAAGUGACAUCUCAUGACUCCAUAAAUUUAGACAUGAUUAUAACAGCAAAUACCACAAUAAAUAUGAAAAGACUUUAAUCUAGCUUUGCUUGUCCAUAAAAUAAUGGUGGUGGUGAACUCCGUGAUGAAUGGGAGAAUGAGUCAUAAUGGACAUGAGUAGUUACAGUUUUCCUGAUGUUGAUGUCAAAAUGAAAUUAAAAAUAAAAAUUGUUGUUUGUUUGAGGAAUCUGGACUUAUUUUAUGUUUUGUUUUUAUAUUUUUG